GACUUGUUGAGCAGUCCUCUGCAAGACAGGACUUCCUAAAUGCAGAACACGCUCAAUGCUUUGUUGAUAUGAAGAUUAGAGAAAGACUUCUGCGCUAACAAGUCAAGAAAGAAUCCUUUCCUAGUUUGGAGCACAUUCACAGCUUGUCUCCAGGCUCAUCAUUCUGGUGCUGCGUUUUACCUCCAAGAUCAUGGUGACUGUAAAAGCUUUGGGGGGGUUUGAGAGAGAGCCAGUGAAGUGAAGUUUUCUUUCUUUUUCCCCAAUGACCACCACAGAGGUGAAUGCCGUUUCCCACACAUUGUGCCGUUGAAGAGUGCCGGGCAUGGAGGAGGAAGAAGUCAGGGUGAACGGCUGUGGACGGAGAGGUUCGGAGUGGGGUCACAUCACCCUGCUGGAUAAGACCAAGGAAUUCUUCCAGACCUGCGACGUGGAGGGGAAAGGCUUCAUCACCCGCACUGACAUGAGGAGGCUCCACAGAGAGCUGCCCCUAUCUGCUGAGGAGCUCGAGGACGUGUUUGACUCCCUGGAUACGGACCGGGCUGGUUACCUCACGCUGGAGGCCUUUUCCUCCAGAUUCAGUCAGUUCCUGCACGGUCGGAGAAUCUCUGUCACAGAUGACCAAACUCAGGCCACAGGGCCCGUCCUUAAGGCUAAGGAGGCUCUUUACCAGAGUCAGUGGGAAGCCAGGCUGUCGGGGGUAGAGGACGAAGAAGAAAGGCACUUCUGCAUGCUGCUAGAAAGUCUUGGAGCCAGCAAUGUGUUUGAGGACAAAUCCCUGCUCCCCAGUCCAGGUGAGGUGCGCAACCUUUGGGCCCAGCUCAGACGAGACGAGCCUCAUCUUCUGUCCAACUUUGAGGAAUUUCUGGCCAGGGUAACAUACCAAAUCAAAGAGGCCCAUCAGGAAAAGAAAGAGAUGGAAAGUGCCCUACAGAGGAAGGCAGCGACGCAUGACAACGAGAUCCGCCACUUGUACGAAGAGAUGGAGGCGCAGAUCAAAAAUGAAAAAGAUCGACUUGUGCUGCAGGACUCGGAGCGCCUUCAGGUGCGCAGCCAGGAGCUGGAGCACCAGCUGUUUUCCAAAGAGCGAGAGCUGGAGCAGCUCUUCCAGAAACAGAAACGGUUAGAGCUCCAGUGCCACGAGCUGAAUAGCGAGAGGCAGGAGAGCCACGUGGAGAAUGUCAAGCUGAAAACGACCAACGAGGAACUGUCCAGAGCGCUGGAGAGCUCCAGCCUGGAGCUCUCUCUGGUUCAGGAGCACCUGGCUCUGCUGCAGGAGCAGGCGGCCAGGCUGCAUCAGGAGAAAGAGAUGGAGAUGUACAGAAUAACCGAGGGCCUCCAGAGGGAGAAACAAUGUCUCAUGAAGCAGCUUGACCUCCUCAGAGAGAUGAAUAAACACUUAAAGGACGAGCGAGACGUAUUCUGCGCUAUUCCACGACCCUCACUCAGAAAACAGCAGAAGCAGAUGGAGGGCCUUGCUGACUUAUUUGAUGACGAAAGUCAACCAGCAAAAAGAGACCCUCUUCUGGUGGAAGGGUCCUUCCAGUCUCUGGAGGCCUUGCCCAUAGAGCACCUUCAAAUCGUGUUUGUUGCUUCCUCCUCCUGUAGUGAAGACGACGCUCCCGCAGCUUCUAUCGCCACGACUGCCUGCACCACUGCACGUCAGCAGCAACCUGCUGCGAAGAAAAUCUCAACCUUAGCCAAUGGUAACAUCAGCCCAGGCCCACCCAGAGAACAAGAUGUGAAGCCAAAGCCCAGAAGGACGUCCGCUAAAAACGCUACUAACAGGAAAGUGAUGGUGAAAGCCAGAGAGAGCUCAAGCAGAGGGGAGUCUGAGAGGAAGAUGAGUGGAGAGGAGGAGGAAGUCCUCAGUGAGCCAACAGACGGCUGGCCACUUCGCAGGGUCAUCUCGAUUGAGGAAGACCACCUGCCGCACCUUCUUCAAGGUGGACCCCAACCACUACUGCACCAGCUCAGCGAGGAAGAAGAUGGUUAUGAAGAGGAAGCUCAUAGCGAGGCUGAAACUAGUGCCGCCAUGGGUACCGAUCUCAGUGCUACUCCUCUCUCAAGACACUUCACUGUUUCUACUGAAGUUUCUUCCACUAAAAAAUCCCAAGUGAAGAAAACUCCAGUGUCUCCAAGAUGUCAGCCUGUUGGGAGGGAGGCCAAACCAAAAGCAAAGGAAAGGGCUGUGUUUGCCCCGGAUCGUCUGUUUAAGGUUGUCCUGGUCGGAAACUCCAGUGUAGGCAAGACGUCCUUACUGCGCUCCUUUUGUGAGGGCCGUUUUCACCCGUCCACAACUGCUACUGUGGGCAUUGACUACAGCGUGAAGACGUUAACACUGGACAAUAUGCAAAUAGCAAUGCAGCUUUGGGAUACUGCAGGUCAGGAGAGGUUCCGCAGCAUGACCAAGCAGUUCUUUCGCAAGGCUGAUGGUGUGGUGUUAAUGUAUGAUGUCACAGUGGCGGAGAGCUUCACAGCUGUCAGACCCUGGCUUCUGAAUGUCCAGGAAGCAGCAGGUGAGGGGAUACCCAUUCUCCUGCUGGGCAACAAAAUGGACAUGACAAGAGAGAGGGAGGUGCCUUCUAAAGAUGCAGAGCAACUGGCUUUUGAAAACAAGGUGAUGUUCUUUGAGGUCAGCGCCUACACCGGCAAAAAUGUGACCGAGUCCCUGACUCACCUGGCCAGGAUUUUAUUGGAGCAGGAGGACACGGUAAGAGACACAACAGUCAGCCUCAGUGCUCAGCCCAUUAAGAAGAAAGCCUGCUGCAAGUGAAGACACCCAUCCUUGCAAAAACAAGGACAGAUUGAAUUUCUGACAGCAGCAAUUUACAGAGUCCUACAUCAGUUUCUGACAGUUGCACAAAAGCAAAAAAAAAAAGUGAGAGUAAAUUAGAUGUUGAACUGCUGUAGAGACCUCACUUUAAAAGGGUUUAUUUCAAAAAACUGUUUUUAUUUCAGUGAAAAAAAAAUACAUAAAAAUAUAGGUGUGAAGAACUGUAUUUCUUGAAGAAGAAACUGGUGAAAAACUGAAGCUCCAAGAGUGUUGUCUACCUUGAUGAAAAACAUGUAAAUAAUGCUUUUGUUAAUCACAACAGUGCAAUGUCUAGGAUUUAGAAAUAAUUUUAGUUAAUUAGUUGGUAAAAUGUGUGAUUAAAAAAAAAAAUCACCCUGAAAACCUUUAUUAAUGAUAAGUUCUCCAGGCAUGUUCUGCUUUUGAUGUUUCUUCUGCUGAAAAAAAAAA